UGCCGUCUCACACCCGCCUGCUGUGGGGAUCUCGCUGCUGUUCUCGGCACCAGCCCCAGCCUGACGGAGCUGCACCUGAGUGGUAACUCUGAUCUGGGGGAUGGCGGUGUGCGGCUGCUGUGCGAGGGACUGAGACAUCCUAGCUGCAAGUUGCAGACACUGCGGGUGCGGUGGUGUGGUCUCACCGCCGCCUCCUGUGGGGAUCUCGCCGCUGCUCUCAGCACCAGCCCCAGCCUGACGGAGCUGCACCUGAGUGGUAACAAUGAUCUGAGGGAUGGCGGUGUGCGGCAGCUGUGCAGGGGACUGAGACAUCCCAGCUGCAAGUUGCAGACACUGCGGUAA